UAACUGACAACAUCAUCACGUCGCCUUUCUUUUAUUCUUUUCACUUACUUUCAUCACUUUUCAUCGUUUCCAUCUCAUGACUGUUAAAAUUUACAUCGUUAGUUGUUUAUUGGUUGGUGCAGUGUUGUCGCAAUGGCCGUAUGCCCCAAAUCACUGGUAUGGAGCAAAUCAGGGAAAUAUACGGUCAGGAAUAGUUCCUGAUUACAACCCUGUCCCUAAUGUCCAAGGAGGUACAUUAGCUCCACACAUUUGCGGAUUCAACACUUUUACAAGAAAAUGUAUGGAUCCUGAAGGAUAUUGCCCUGGCAAGUGCAUGAACUUCCGUUACACCUACAACACUUUAUACGACUGCCGAUGUCUUGCGAUUUAGAUGCGUUUUUCUUUUGAAUUUUGAGUUUGGUUUUCAGUUUUAAAUGUUCACCCGACCCUCUGUGUAUUUGUAUAUUUGUAUGUAUUUUUUCAUUCCACAUUGUUGCACAUGUCUGGCUCAUAUGAUUUGCGUAUUCGUAAUAUAAGUGUAAUAAAUUUUUGUGAUACGCUAAGG